UUAAGCGGCUCAGCAGAACCGUGAGGCUGCGGUCACUCCGGCACUCAGAGAGCGAAGAGCGAAGAAAGAGGGAGGCAGAAAAAUGGUGAAGAUAUCUUUUCAGCAGGUGACGGCACAGAAGCCCGAGAAGCAGAACGAUGGAGACAAAGAAGAAAUUGUCAUGUCCUACCCACAGGACGAGUUGGUCCUCCCGCUCAGGCCUAAGAAGUCCCCAGUAAGCGGCAUCUGCUGCCUGACCCUCGGCCUGGUCAUCUUCAUGUCUGGACUGAUCAUGGUGUCCGUCUACGUCUAUCGCUACUACUUCACCCCUCAGAUCCCCGAGGACAGCCUGUUCCAUUGUAGGGUGAUGUACGAGGACUCCGUGUAUGCGCCGUUGCUAGGGAGACAGGAGCUGCAGGAGAAUGUCGGCAUUUACUUGGAAGAUAACUAUGAGCAGAUCAGUGUUCCUGUGCCUGAGUUUGGAGGAAGUGACCCAGCUGAUAUCAUCCAUGACUUUCACCGGGGCCUAACAGCCUAUCACGACAUUGCGUUGGAUAAGUGCUAUGUCAUCGAGCUCAACACCACCAUAGUCAUGCCUCCCAGGAACCUGUGGGAGUUGCUUGUUAAUGUCAAGAGAGGGAUGUACCUGCCUCAGACGUACCUUGUUCAGGAGGAGAUGAUGGUGACUGGCCGGGUGAAGAACAUGCGCCAGCUUGGCCCCUUUAUCCACCGGCUGUGCUACGGCAAAGAGACUUACAGGCUGAGGCGCCGCAGCGCUCGCAGACGUAUCGAUAAGAGAGAGGCCAGGAAGUGCCACAGUAUCCGUCACUUUGAAAACACAUUUGUGGUGGAGACGCUGAUCUGUGACAGGGCCUGAACUGAGCGACUCCUGCCUCCUCCCAACUCUACUGAGCAGAACCCAAACCCCACCCCCUGCGUUUAGCUUUUAUUGCACUUUACAGCGUGUCUACUCUGUACAUAUCGUUUUGUUUUAGUUAAGUUAUGAUUCAUUGUUAUUAUUUUUCUCUUUUUUUCAGUCUCCUAAUGUUCCAGGUUGAAUCAAAACUGAUUUAGGGUCCAGUUGAUUUUUGUAUUAUCAUAAUUAUUAUUUAUCUGUAUAUAUUUAUAGUUAAUUAAACUAAAUGUGUAGACUUUUUUUCCACUGAAUGUGUGGAAGAGCCCUGAGAUCUAAAUGUGAGAGAUUGGUCUUAUUAAUGUCUGAUGUCCUGUCUCUCUUUAACUGUAAAGCACUGACUUUUUUUUUUUUUUUUUUUUUUUUUAAGUUUGAAACUGUGGCAUGCACUAUGCACUGACUUCCCUUUUUUGUUUGUUUGUUGAUUUAGGUUUUUCAUUGUCUAUACAAUAGGUUACUUGUGCACUACUGAUGUUACCCUGUGUAAGAAAAGAAAUCCAGUAUUGGAAAAUUGUCUUAAUGCCAAAAAAGUAUACCUCAUGUAUUACAAAUGUAUGAAUUAAUUGCCUGUUCUUUAAUUCAGACAUUGUUUUUGUUUCAGUGUGACUUAUAAGCAAUAUGAGCAUGUAGAGUUUUCUUAUCUUGGAUUUCAUAUUGUAACAUCAGAUGUUUUUGUUAUAUCGACUGCGUUACUGAACUGGAACGUUUUGUCUCUGUGAUUUAUCUGUGAAUAAAGUUUCUAGAAAAACUGAAAUGACUACAAAGUAUGGGUUGGAAAAGAUGGUUGCCCAGCUGUCUUUACUAUUGCUAUUCAGAAUGUAGAAAUAAUGGUACUGUAUUGAAAUUCUGUCUGUCGUAACACAUUUAGGGUAAAGCUUCUCACUUCCGUCUUGGGUUACUGUGUGUGUGUGUGUGUGUGUAUAUAUUGUCAUACAUGUUGAGUCUUUCCUAAACAUUUCUGUGGUUUUGCCCUAAAAGUAAUGGAUACAAAUAUCUCUCAAAAUUUACUAUCAAUACAUAGAACUUGGGCCUUUUGUAAUCAGACUGUUUCAGUUUGCAUGUUCCCCCUCGUUCACAUUUGCAUCAUUACUUCUUUUCUACGAUAGUAAGGGAAAUAUUGCACGGUUCUGGACCAGGAAUGAAGUAGCUGCUAUUGAAAGAGAUUCUGAAAACUGCUCGGUGUGAUGAGCCACAUUCAGCUUCUUCCUCUAUGUAAGAUAAUGUUGCUUGUAUGAUGAGUACUUAUCAAUAAACUUCUGAAAACUU